GUCGAGCUGUCUUCUUCCUUCUCAUGAAUUAACUCUAAAAUCUGACAACGAAGAAUUUGAGUCAGUGUCUAGUGCCCAUGCUAGUGUUGUUCUUGUGUGUUGUGAUAUAUGGACAGCUAGUGAGUGAUUUGCUGGAGUCUGACAGUCUGUCCGCGUUUCCAUGGUGAACAUGGCAGAAACGGAGCCGAUGUUCCUGGUGGGCGGUAGGCUCCAGAUGAACGGAGCGGAGACCGCCUCCGAAGAUUCGGAAGGCGAGGCCCCGAUCCUGUUCACACAACCCAAGAGGAACAAGCGAAAGAACUUCGACCCGAUGAACAUCGUGUACCAGAAGGAAGAAGAAGAGUAUUGCGCACUGGACCUGAGCAGUUCGGACGCCAGCGAGGCAAAGAGACCCAGAAGAUCCGACGAGGACUCCGCCCCGAUGGACUUAUCUAAAGGAAGAGGUAAAGAGAGUCCGGAGGAGUCCGACUCGAGCGACGGAGAGUCGAGACCGCCGUAUCUCCAGGCGUUCCUCCACCAGUCCACGGACGCCUCUGACCUCAGGGACUACGCCCAGAAGACGGUGAAGGAGUUGCUGGAGAUCUACGGGCUCAAUUCUCCAGAAGUUGCUGAGUCGAUCACCAACAACGUGCCUAUCUCCAACUUUUCAUCAGGGAAGAUCCUGGAAAGUCUUCGACGUGGACCUACAGGUCCUCGAAGUCCAGGAGCUUCGCAACCACCUACUCCCCCAAGAAGUCCCUUAAGUCCAGCUAAGUUGAAGUCCUCUGAACAAACUCCACAACAAUCCAAAUCCCAAAAUACAUCGCAGCAGUCGAACAACUUCACGGCUCCAAGGAUGGUCCUUCCUCAGAACAUGGCAACUAUCCUGGCUUUCGCGGCGAUGCAGGACAGGCAAGGACCUCCUUCGUCCUCUUCUGCAUCCUGCCAAAGUUCGAAGGAUCACAUCUCUGCCGCCCAGACACAACUUGCUCAAGUUGCGGCGAACGCUGGCGUAGUACGCGGUGAUACAAAAACAAUCACCCAAAUGGACUACUCCAGGUACGUUCGAAGGUUUGCUUCGUCUUUGGAAUGUGGAAACCAGUACUGCAAGGAGCUUAAUUACAGAGAGCACUUCCAUUGCUUGGACUGCAACUCCCGUACCUUCGUGAAGAAGGAGGAGAUGAUCCGGCACUUCAAGUGGCACAAGAAGCGCGACGAGUCGCUCCAGCACGGCUUCAUGAGGUACUCCCCGAGCGACGAUUGUUCAGAUCGCUACCCGAACUGCGGUCACAACAGGAAGCAGACCCACUACCACUGUAUCCAAGGGACCUGCGACAAAGUCUACAUCAGCACUUCAGAUGUCCAGAUGCAUGCCAACUACCACCGCAAGGACUCCGCCAUCAUACAAGAAGGAUUCCAGAGGUUGAGGGCUACCGAAGAGUGUCGUACUCCGUAUUGUGCCUUCUUCGGGCAGAGGACCACACACUUCCACUGCAGGAGGGACCACUGCCAAUUCACCUUCAAGAACAAGGCUGAUAUGGAAAAACAUAAGACGUACCACAUCAAAGACGAAGCACUGGCACGAGACGGAUUUAAGAAGUUCCUGAAGCCGGAUCCGUGUGGAUUCGCAAACUGCAGGUUCUCCCAGGUCUGCAACCACAUCCACUGUGUCAGGGAAGGAUGUUCCUAUGUCCUCCAUUCUUCCGGACAGCUCCUCAGCCACAAGAGGAAGCACGAGAGGAAGGACUCUGAGAUCGCCUACAGGAAGUUCAAGCUGGCGCAGCAAGCUGUUGUCAACAUCGGAGCUCCUUCUGAGCAGCCGCUCCAGCAUAGCGACAUGCCUACAGGUAGUUCUCUGCAACUGCUCCAGCAAGCUUCUUCGUUGGCGGCCCUCAAUGCCCUCAGUGAGAACUUCACUACAAGCACAUCAUCAGAGAAGAGCCAAAGUCCUAGUUUACCUUCUACGCCUUCGUCUCACUUCAACAAACCCCCUACCUCAGGAGCUUCAACACCAAGCUUCUUAGACCAGUCGACAAGUUCUCAAGAUUACGAUGAUGAGUUCACUCGAUACAUCGCCAGCUUCCCUGUAUCCCAAUCCUGCGGUCAACCCUGUCAACUGUCAGGCACUGAACACUACCACUGCAGAGAAUCAUCCUGCGAACUGCCCUUCAGGUGCAGGGAGACAGCAGAAGGACAUGCAAGAAUGCACGAGGCCCAGGAAAGAGUCAGCGACUUCUUUCAAGAAGGAUCUCCCCUCUGCCAUUCUAGUUGUCCGGCAGAAAAACAUUACCACUGCACCUGGGAUGGAUGCUGUGACAUAGUGAUGCCAAGUGAAAGACUGGAACAUUUCCGCUCUCAUGAAAUCUCAGCUCAACAUAACAACUCCCUUGAUACUCUUUUCAGGCGCAAGAGAGGACGACCACCAAAGAACAGGGUCAUUGAGGUUUGGAAUGACUAUGCUAGCGGCUCAGGGUCCGAUUCUCCUCAAGCCAUAUUUACAAGCUUCAAAUUGCCUAAGCCAAGCCCGGCGACACCCACCUCAGAGGUCCCGACUAUGUUAUCAUCUCCCCUUACGAUAACCACUGUGUGUGAACCGAAAUCUGUGUCGAAUCAGAACAUCGAAACUCAAGGGUUCCAGUCAUACAAUGGUCCUUGCCCAGAUCCUCUUUGCCUAUUUUCCAAUCGUCCCCAACAUUACCACUGCUCCCGGCCGAGGUGCUUCUUCGCUACAGAUUCUGAUGAUUUCCUUAUCGCCCAUACGAGGGAUUUCCAUGACAAUAUCGAUAUCUUGGAAGGCUUCUUGUUCUUUGAUAGAUCUGUCGAUUGCCGAAUUGAAAGUUGCACAAGCAACAAAGUUAAUCGCCACUUCCACUGUGUAAGGCCUGGUUGUGGAUAUUCUUUCGUCAGAUACUCGCACAUGGCGAUCCAUCAAGCAGAGCAUGAAUCUGAGAGGAGUCAAAGAAGUCAAAGCCGUUCCCCUUGUGGGCAAGCAACUGAUCUCAGUGACAGUAGCGAGAAACCCGAUAUCAAACCUGAUAUUUCCAAAUUAAAUAAUGAAAAUUUCAACCAGCACAUCAAACAAGAAGAAAAUACGGUCAACAACAUGUCGAGACCAACCGUGGUGAAGGCGUCGGGAACUUUCUACCCACUAUGUGGUCUGUCAAAUUGCAACUCUUCCCCUACUCCCGCUUCAGAGACUGGACAUAAUAUUAAGGUUGAACCAGGAACUACGAAUUCUGAGCAAUCUAUUCCUGAAUGGAUAUCAUCUGUCGAAAAACAUGACAGAUAUGCACCAGAGGGAUACUCUGAUAUGGAGAGGUUGAAACCACACAUCGCAAAGCAUAGUCCAACUGUUAUCGCUCCAACCAUUGUAAAAUCUGAAAAUAACAAUAAUAAUGAAGAUAACAAUCAACAACCUCAUCAUGGAUUAAGCAUGAUGCAACUUCCAAUGGAAAGCCAGGAAAGCAACAUGAUGCCUCCUCCGCAUUUCCCUGGUUUUCUUGCAGCAGUGGCGAACCAACAGUUGGCGAUGAUCACGUCACAGGGAAUACCGUUCAUGCCACAUGCCAUGCCAGGUCUCUACACCUCGCCAUCAGGUUUAAUGUUCACCGGUCCACCUGGUUUCGCUCCUCAUCCAUCUUCUCUCGUCAACAAUGGACUUCUGGAAAGUGCGAGGGCUUCAUUGAUGAACAGUGAUAAUUCACCUGAAGCACUGUUAGCAAGAAGCCAUAUUUCACCUCAGAGGGACAUGAGCACUGAAGCUAAGAAAGCGAGAGUACAAACAACAAUGAGGAUGCUCAAAGAUGAGCCAGUGCCUGAUGGUUAUCUGCGAUUCAAGUUUAACGAGGACUGUAGAUACAGCCAUUGUGGAUACAGGGAACAUCAAACACACUUUCACUGUAUGAGACAAGACUGCGGAUAUAGUUUCUGUGACAAAACAAGAUUUGUCCAACACACUGCGCGCCAUGAAAGGUUGGAUACCUUAAUGGGAGGCGACUUCCAGCAGUAUCGUGCUAAUGUAGCUUGCGGAAGGCCAGACUGCUCAUACACCCCAACAAUAGGAUCUGUUCAGAACAAGGCUUCUCAUUUCCAUUGUUUGAAGUGCGACUUUGUCUGCUCUGACACAAACAAAGUAGUUGCUCAUAGAAGACACCACCAGAAGCUGGACUCGAUCAUGGCCGCAGGAUUUGAGAAGUUCACACCGUCACAGUCAUGCACCACAGCUGACACAUGUGCGCACAAUGGCAAGCAGACGCAUUACCAUUGCCUUAGCUGCCAGUAUGCCGUGCUCGGUCUGAGCCAAAUGACCGCUCACAAAUACAGGCACAUGGACUGAUCCAUCCUCCUUUCGAGCUCAUUCGUAUUUGAUUCCAGUGAAGAAAUCAGCUAGCCGAUAGCUGAGCGACCCAGAGUUGUGAUAUGUACAUAAUACCAGUUAGGCAAUGUGCCAUUUGAAACAGAAGAUAUUCCUCUGUAUAAUUUGUAUAGUUUAGAAAUAUUAGAAUUAUCUUUAUUUGUAACGCCAAAAUACGUAUAUAUAUAUAAACACAAAACAUAUAGGAAACGUGUUGCAUUGUUUUAUUUCGUAGAUCUUGUACAUAGUAGCGAUUAAAAAGUUUGCUUUAUUAUAUCUAUAUUCCAAAUGAGUAUUUUAUGUAUUUUAAAUUUAUUGAGAAAAAAAUUUAUUGUAUACGAUUGAAAUAGUCGUUAUUGCGAAUAGUCAAAGUGUCCAAAAUAUAUUUGCACUUUGGAUAAGUGUAAUCAUGUAUCAUAAAUAUGGGCUGGAUAAGUUAUUGAUUGGUACUGAAUAUAUAUUUUUCUAGCUCCUAACGUAUAAGAUGUAUAAAUAGGAGUGUCUUAAAGUGUCUUAAUUUACUCUAUGGCUUUAGCUGAAGCAAUUUACUAGUGUGUUCAGAAAAAAUUGAAUCUUAGAUUCAAUUUCACUGCUAGCCAAAUAAAAUUAAACAAAAACACUAGUUAUAUAAAAAUAUAAACAUAUAUUUUACAUUUAACUAUAAUUUAAAUUAUUUUAAAUUAUAGAUCCAUUGCGGAACCUUUUUAAUUUUUUGUUUUUUUUAAUUAACGAUAUAGUUCCUAUAGUGAAAUGGAAUACGUUACAAGUAUUUCAUUGUUUUCAUUAUUUUAGGUUCAAUUUCUUUUUUUUUUUUCCUUUCUUAGAAAUGGUUACAAAGGUAAAGGUGCCUUUUGAAUGUUUAUAAUGUCUUUUCCGAUAUUCAAACAACGGAAUAAAAAGAGGCAUAUUAGUGCCCCGAUAGAAAGUCCCAAUACUUUAAAUGUGUAGUGCCUUUAAAAGGAAUGUGUGAAAUAUAUUUGAAAACAAAAUGUUAGUUCGACAUUAUCUGAUAGAAAUGAGAAUAUUUUUAAAAAAUAUAGAAUUGACAAGUGAUCAUUAAUAUAUUAUAUGAAAUUUGAUAAUUUAUGAAAAAAGAAAAAAAAAUAUAUGAAUUAUAUUUAUGAGGAUAUUCUUGUCUUUGUAUUUAUGUAUGAGUAUUGUAUAAUACACUUUAUUUAUUUUCAACAUCUCUUGUUAUAGAAUCAGCAAUAAAUAAGGAAAUUAAAUUUUUGUAAAUAUGAUUUUCUUUCAUCUUAAGUAUUUGUAUUUUUUUUUUUUUUUUUAGGGUUCUUUAAAUUUAUUCUGUGUGCCUUAAAAUUUAAGUAGACACACUAGAAUAGGACUCCAAUUGUUCAGGUGUUAUUUAUAAUUUUCUAUUGUAAUAUCGAAUAGCUUAUGUUAUAUUUGACACUAUAAAUCAACACAAUGUAAAAGUCUUUAUGGUAUGUUUUAGUUAAAAUGUAAUAAAUAUUUAUAUAUAAGAUAUGAGUGUUACUAUUCAUUUCCAUCCUUAAUUUUCCUACAAUAUUUUAUGAAACU